AAAGAAGAAGAAGCAUAAGUGGGCGUUCCUCUCAGUCUCGAGGUGCCGAGCCGAGCAGACCGGAGCCCGGAGAGAGACAUGAACACCUGAGGCAGUGUACCUGUCCAUCACCUCCGUCAUGUCUGUGUUCCUGUGGGUCUGUCUGCUGACCUGGAGCCUCUCAGACUCAGCCGCAGGAGCAGAGCUUGCCUCUCCUCAGGACGUCUCCAUCCUGACUCUGAACACAAAUUACAUUCUGACCUGGAACUGGACCACGAACUCUGCGGACGCUCCUCAUGUGACCUUCACCACCGAGCACAUCCCGGCGUUCAAGCUGGAAUUGAAAAAAAAAACUGAGUGGUACACGGCGUGCAAGGACUCGCCGUACAAGUCGUGCGACCUGACGGCGUGCAACCUGUACUACAAGAGCAUCCACUUCCUGAGAGUCCGAGCCAGCGUGAACGGGAGCCACUCAGACUGGGUAGAGAUAGAGUUCUGCCCGGAUACAGAUGCGAAUGUGGGUCCUCCGUCCAAAGUGGAUCUGUCUCCUGCAGGAAGUGACCUGGACGUCUUAAUAACUGACCCUCUGACCAGCAAAAACACCUCCAUGAGGGAACACCUGAAGGAACUGUACUACAACAUCCAGUACUGGGAACAAACCGAGGACACACAGGUAUUGAAGCCUUCCUUUCUUGGAAGCCCUGUGAAUUUGGUGACUCUGCCCAGCCUGAAGUCCUGGACCCUGUACUGUGUGAGGGUCCAGACUCGGGGCGAUGACUUCUACAACAAGAGCAGCACCUUCACCCUCCCUUACUGCAUGCAGACUCAAGGUCCCCUCCCCUGGUGGCAGAUCUUCUUGUACUUCCUGGCCUCUCUGCUGAUCUUCUUCUUCCUCGUGCUGAUCUGUCUCUGCUGCUCCUUUUAUUGCUUCAGGGAACUGAAGUCCGUACUGUACCCGUCCAACCCACUGCCAUCAUACUUCAAUGAGUACCUGCAUGACUCCCCAAGCUCUGACGUCCCCCGCCUUCUGACCCCGGACUCUGAGUCAGAGCUGCUGUGUGAGGUGACUGUUUGUCCUCAGCCGGUGGUCCUGGAGGUCCACCAGCCUCCCCUGGAGGCCCUGCUGGAGCCUGACAUCAGACACACCCGUCAGGACAGCAGCGGCAGCACAGACUCUGGAGUUUACUCCACAGAGGGCGGCUCCUCCACAAGGCACCGCCUCCCCCCAUCCUGUGAGGGGAGUGGAACCUCCUGUCAGGACACAUUUGACCCAGAACUGGUGAAGAUGAGGGAUAUGACCUUUGGGAUCGCAAAUCAAGCGGAGAUUCCAGACGAGGGUGUGGUGGAUGUGAGUGUGUGAGGAGGAGGAGGAGGUUUGUUCACAGGUGCAGCGUGCCUUCGUCUUCACUGUGAAACAACCUGAGUAGCAAAAAAAACACACAAAGAAGAGUGAGAGACUCACACUGAGCAUGCUCCUCUGCUGUGGGCACAGAUGCUUCCGUUGAUCAUGAACCAGGAAGUGAUUUCACAUGUAGCCUGUGUGAGUGACUGGCAGCUGAUGUGUGUAGCAGUGUAACAGUGCUUUUUAUCUCUGAAUAGCAUAAAAAAGAAGAGCGACGACUCAAAUGCAAACAGAGGAGUUUGUACAUAAAGGACUUCAUAUUAUCUCUGUGUUCCUGUGUGGGCGGAGCCUUCUAUCUGGUCUUACAGAGUCUUGUGUCUUCAGUGAGUUUGAUGUUCCUCAAUCUGCAGAUGAUUCCUCCAGCAGAGAUCCAUCUGACUGUGACAUGAUUAUAACAGCUAACCUCUGCACUGAUGGAUGCGUGUGCGUGUGCGUGUGUGUGUGUAUGUGUGUGUGUGUGUGCGUGCGCGUGUGCGUGUGUGCUCUCAUUAUGAUUCUUAAAGAAUCAGAGCCGUCACUUUAGUUUGUAUUUGUAUGAAAGCGGUGUGUUUAAUGGGUUUUAAUGUUUCAUGUUUUUAUAUUUGGAGAUUAUUUUUAUUUUUAUUUUUAAAUAUUAUCAUCAUGCUUGUCUGCAUUAUUCUCCUCUGACUUACUCUUAACAGAGACAUCAGUGUGUCUCUGUGUUCUCUGAGCUUCAUUACUUUGUGUUAAACUUGUCAGGGAGACAUCCAGAGACGUGAGGGGAGUUACAGAGGUCAGUUUAAUUAACAAAGAAUCUUAAAAAAUGGUAAAACACACCCAGAAAGUUGAUAAAUUCAAAUAUCAAAUAAUGUGGAAAAAGGGUUGAUUUACAGGAUUGCUUCAUCUGUGUUGCCUCAACAUGUUGCCGUCUUUGUUGUUGUAAAAUCUGUGUUUCAAUGCAACAAUCUGCAGCUUCUGUUUUAAUAUAAGAUCAUACUCAUGUAAUAAAUUGGCUUUAAAAACAAA